AUGCCAGGCCCGGAUCACUCUCUAACAAUGUCUGGGCUAUCAUCUUCACAGUCUGCUGGAUCCUCAGAUUCUGCAGAACCUACAGCAUCAAAGAAAGUAAACGCGGACUAUGGCGUCUUUGGCCAGGUCCUUUACCACCUGGUGUCGUUCACGGAGGGCUACGAGCAGCAGGUGUUGUACAUGUGUGUUAGGACCUUCCAGUCAACUUUGAAGUUUUCCAAGCGGCAGCUGACGAUGUUGGUGACCGUGUCUAUCAUGUCGCGCAUGUGCUGCUCAUUAGUUUGGGGACUGCUGGCAGACGCAUUUGAGACUAACCUCGUGUUGGCUGCUGGGUUGUUGUUCAUGGGCAUCGCCUCAAUAUUUCUGAGCUCUGCCUCACACUACUCCGCGAUCCUUUUCCUGCGCUUCCUACACGGUGCUGCGUUCGGUUGCGUGUACCCUGUGCAGCAAAAGAUCAUAUCGGAUUCAGAAGAUGAUGGUUCGAACAGCAGCAGUACGUUCACCCGCCUUCACGCCCUGAAUACCAUCGGCCGUAUGCUGUGUGCCGUCUUAACCACGGAGGCCGCUCAAAAUAUCUUGCUGGGAUAUAUUGGCUGGCGUGUCUCGUACAUUGUGUUGGGAUACGUGUGGAUAUCAAUUGGUAUUGCAAUUAUAUUUGCGAUGCAGACCAAGGAGGACAUCAGCACUCCUUAUGAAUCCAUACAGAAAUUCACCGAGCAAAUAUCAGGUGCUUUUAAAGCGGUUUUUGCGUCGUGGUCAGCGUUUCUGUCCAUCUUUACGAUGCUGAUCGCGGAGGCUCCGAUGUGCACCCUGCCGUACAUGAUCACGUAUUUGGAGUACUUGGGAGUGUCUGAUCUGAAGGUGGGCGUUGCGAUCGUGGUAACGACGAUUGGCGGUGCGGCGGGAACUGCGGCUGGAGGGAUUGUUAUUGACAAGAUUACAAGUACUCAUAAGGACUAUGGCGAACUGAUUGCCGGCAUCGUCGUGAUGGGCGUCCGAUUAAUCGUGUGCCUCUUGUUCUUCAUGUCCCCGGCGCCGGACGGACGUUUGCUGUGGUAUCACUACAUAGAGUUUGCGAUUCUCGGGGCGACGUUGGUAACGGUCGGUGGCGUGGAUAGACCUAUUAUGAGGAAGGCAAUCGAGGACAAGUACCAGGCUACGGCGUCCGCCAUAAUCCAGUGCAUAUCCGGCAUCUCGAUUAGCGUCAGCUUCGUCGAGAUCUUCGCGUGGGUGUCAGAGAAGCUGCACGGCUACGUCCCCUCUAACAAGCCACUCGAAGCCAUGGAUGAUGGUAUGAAAGAUAGAAACACCGAGGCCCUGAGGAAGUCGACCAUGUACAUCAUCGUGAUAGGCUCACUGCUCAACAUCGCUUGCUACGGUGCGCUAUUUGGCAGGUACAAGGAGGAUAAGAAGGUUGUUGAGGAAAAAAAUGUAGUAUGGCAAAAAGAAAGGGCGGAAAGGGUGUAUAGUAAGAGAACGACGGAGGAAAAGGCAAUUGAAGUAUUACCGCCGGAUUUGCCAAUACAAGGCACAGAAGGGGAAGACGCAGGGGAACUGCAUUAA